GGCUGGUAUUCCGCCCCAAACUACCGCAGCACUCUAGAAGUACUCUGGCUGUGCUUGUUGACUGUCUUUCUUUGUUGUUGGUCAGCUUUUCAUCCCGACAUCUCACAACCAAACUCAACCUGGGUACAGCAAUAUAUUGACCGUACGGUUGGGCUUCUUAUUGGAGUCAUAUACCCCGAGGUCUUCCUCUAUAUGGCCUUCUUUGAGCGAUUGGAUGCCAGAUCAACAAUGCAAAUUUCGUCCGAUGUACUCGAUGAGCGAUGGACCGUCACACAUGCAUUCUAUGCAAAUAUGGGCGGAUUUGCCUACAAACGAACUACAAACGAAGUGGAUGCAAGGGGCCAUGAGUGCUUUGAAUAUCUGACUGCAUAUCCGGUCAAUCGCCUACUCAUGAGCCAAAUUGAUCUAGCCGGAUUUCCGCUGGAGAAAGAUGUUAAAGCCAAGGGCAAGGCUGAUGGAAUGGUCAGGGCCUUAACCAUUACGCAGAUCGUCUGGGUACUGGUACAGAGUGUUGCCCGUACUAUUCAGCAUCUCCCGCUUACGACUCUCGAGAUCAGCACGUUGGCGUACAUUCCAUGCGCCAUCUUCGCUUACGCUCUUUGGUGGGACAAGCCAUAUGAAGUGAGUGUUCCAACACUACUUCGUUUCAAGCAAACUGGGGUCGCAAAUCUAGACCUUGACUAUAAAGAGACGAUCACUCCGUGUCAGGAGCCUAUCGCACAGCAUUGCAAACACUCGAGACAUAUAGCAACACGCACAUUAUUGCAAAGGCACCAACUAUUUAGAACCCAGAAGUACCGCACUUACGAAACAACAAGGCAAUGCAUCGAGGUCAUCCGUUUGUCACUCCUCCCCGUUGGCAUAUUCGGAUUCUCAUCGGCAGUAGUCUUUCUUGUUGUCGGCGCAAUACAUCUGGCGGCCUGGAACUUUGAAUUUCCAUCCUUGUUCGAGUGCUGGGCAUGGAGAGUGUGUUCAAUUGUUAUUGCAACCAUCGUUCCUAUCUCCUGGCUCUUGACGGCUGUGCUGCUGCGCGUAACUACUGAUCAAUGGUGGGACGGCUUGGAAGGCAAGGAUACGCUCGAAGAGUUCCGAACUGUGCGAUGGAUCAGCAUGGCCAUACAAGGGUUUGCAGUGACAUUGUAUAGUCUUGCGAGGCUAUACCUACUCGUGGAGGUUUUCAUGGGGCUACGAGCAUCGCCAAUGGGAGUUUACAAGACCCCGGAGUGGAGCAACUUCCUGCCGCAUGUU